UGUUUUGUUUGAAAAAAAAACCGAAUGUAAUAAUACAUCAAAAAGUGGGUUAUCAUCAAAAUCAUCACCACCACCCGCCCUCGUCGCAAUCCUGUCUCUCUCGCUAAUUCUGCCAUUCCGAUUCCUCCCUCUUCUUCCUUUUCACUGGUGUUGUUGUUUGCUUAUUAGUUAAAGGAGUUGCAAACUUGAUGAUUCUGGCCUUGUAGCAUGUCAGCUAAUAAUCACCUAAUGGAUCUCGGAAGGCCCGCGUCAGGUAGGAGAAGAUUGAAAGAUUUAUUGAUUCAGAAGGAUAAUCGUGUCUGUGCUGAUUGUAAUGCUCCAGAUCCUAAAUGGGCGUCUGCAAACAUUGGGGUGUUUAUAUGCUUAAAAUGCUGUGGUGUGCACAGAAGCCUUGGUACUCAUAUAUCAAAGGUUUUGUCUGUGACAUUGGAUGAAUGGUCAGAAGAUGAAGUAGACGCAAUGAUAGAAGUUGGGGGAAAUGCUUCAGCUAAUUCAAUUUACGAGGCUUAUUUUCCUGAAGGAUAUACAAAACCCGGACCAGAUGCCAGUAACGAGCAGCGCUCAAAGUUUAUACGGUCAAAAUAUGAUUUGCAAGAAUUUUUGAAGCCUAGUUUGCGCAUUGUGUCUGGAAAAAGCAGCCUAUCAAGUACUUCCAAAAGUAGUUUUAUGGAUAGUUUUAAAAGCGCUAGCUCACAGAGAAUGGAAGGUAUGGUAGAAUUUAUUGGAAUGUUAAAGGUGAAAGUGAUUAAAGGCACAAAUUUAGCCAUCCGGGAUAUAAAGUCAAGUGACCCGUAUGUUGUUUUGAACCUCGGCACACAGACUAUACAGACAAGUGUAGUGAAGAGUAAUUUGAAUCCAGUCUGGAAUGAGGAACAUAUGCUGUCUGUUCCGGAGGAUUAUGGACAGCUCAAAUUGAAAGUAUUUGAUCAUGACACCUUUUCUGCCGAUGAUAUAAUGGGUGAAGCGGACAUUGAUCUUCAGUCACUGAUAACAUCUGCCAUGGCAUUCGGAGAUGCUGGAAUGUUUGGAGAUAUGCAGAUCGGAAAAUGGUUGAAAUCUGACGACAAUGCUCUUAUUGAGGAUAGUGCAGUCAAAAUUACGGAUGGUACGGUUAAACAAAUGAUGACACUCAAACUCCAGAAUGUUGAAUCGGGAGAAAUAGAGUUAGAACUCGAAUGGAUUUCUCUUGAUCAAUAAUAGCUAUUGGAGGAGUGUUGUUAGCAUAUGAAGUAAUUUAUGUGAUUUUUCUCUUAUACUUUUGGCUCAUAAACAAAUAAAUCUGCCUAUUUAUGUUUUAGAUCUGUCAAAUUAUUGAACCAAACAUUGGAUGCAUUUUUUUCCAUUGAAAAGUGAGAGAGAAAAGCGGAAUUUUGCUAAGAUGUUAUAAUCAUGUUACUUU